CAUCAUCCGUGUGCGCGAGCAUCGUUGAAUAGCGUGGGAAUUGGGAAUAGCGUAGGUCUGCGUACACGUGUAAUGUAUGUGCCCAAGUUAAAAGACUCGCGGUAGUAGAAAUUUAUCUUAAGUAAGUACGGCUGCAGCAGAGCGCACCGUUUUAUACCCGGAGGAGUAAGAGAAAAUCGUCUGUUUUUCUCUGCCCUGUUGCACAGGAUAAUUCAAGGGAAUAGAGUACAGGCAUUUUUCGCUUCCGGCAAUCUUUUGUUACGCUCGAUAGCGCAUUUUGUUUUGUGACAGUAUCGAUUAUUUCUACACGUGUGCGCGAUGUCAUAAGUGUAAGCGCUAGAUCAAAUAUCUAUUCGAAAAUUUUAAUUUUGAAUAAAAAAUUUCAAGUGUAUAUAUUCGCUAUUGAAAGCCAUUCACGAAGGUGUUGUGAAUUGCAAUGGAUCCAGUAUUUCCUGACAACGAUAUUCCAAAUAUUGGAGAGGAAAGUGUUGAUAUUUCAUCUCAAAGUCCAGAGGAUCAAUCCCUUCGAUGCAAAUUACAAAAGAUGCCUGUGCAGAAUCUUCCUGCCAAACAAACAAGUUUUGCGUGGAAACACUACACAAAACAUAAUGACACAUCAGCCAAAUGCUGUUUCUGUGAAAAAAUCGUAAAACAUAGUAGAAAUACCACAAACCUAAUGCAGUAUCUUUCAAGGAAGCAUGAGAUAUUAAUAUCACAACCAUAUAAGAGAAGAAAAUGUAAUUCUGACUCGGAGUCUUCUAAAGGAAGUUAUGGAUCUGUUAGCAAAGUUCUUCAGAUUUCUAAAAGAAAGAAACUCCAAUUGGGCAAUCAAUCACGAAUUGACGAUGCUUUUAGCAGGAUAAAGUCCUUCAAAGAGGGUGGACAUACUGCAGAUAGAAUAACAUUGUCAAUUAUGUAUAUGAUUGCCGUUGACAAACUCCCACUCUCUACUGUAGAGGCAAAGGGAUUCAAGGUGCUUAUGAAAGCUACAGCUCCCUUAUAUAACAUUCCAAGUAGGAAGACCAUUACAAACAUGAUGGGAGCAAGAUAUGAAAUGAUGAAAGAACAGUUCAAAGAAAAAAUUAAAGUAUACUUUAACAUGUGACAACUGGACCGAUGUUACUAAUCAGAGUUAUCUUGGUGUAACCAUCCAUUACCUGGGAGCUGAUUGUGAGAUGAAAAAUGGAUAUUUGGGAGUUUUACCAUUAGAUAAGAAUCAUACCAGUGAUUACUUACAUGACUCUUUAUUGAAGGUUAUGGAGGAUUUCCACAUAGACUCAAACAAGGUCAUGGCUGUGGUUAGCGAUAGUGCAGCAAAUAUUAGAAGCGCAGUUAUCAAAUUAGUUGGAAGUAGUAAACAAUUAUCUUGUUUCGCGCACAUCCUAUCCCAUUUGGUGCCGAACGCACUACUGUCCAUCCAACCUGCCAUGGGAAUUAUAAGUAAAGUAAAAAAGAUUGUGAGACUCACCAGACACAGUAUUGUCGCAUCCGAUGAAUUGAAAAGACUGCAGAAACGUGAUGGAAAAACCGACGGAACGGUCUUGAAGUUUAUCCAGGAUAUUGAAACGCGAUGGAAUACAACAUGAUGGGUACUACAUGUUAGAGCGUUUUUUGGCACUAGAGGAAUAUGUUUAUUCAGUAAUAUCAAAAUGUACCAAUAUGCCAGAUAUGCUCUCAAGGACUGAAAUUUCGGUUCUAAAAGAUUUGGUAGCAUUGAUGAAUUCUGUCGCAAGUGUAAUUACCAAGAUAAGCGAGGAAAACUAUCCCACUUGUAGCGUCAUGAUUCCAAUUAUCCACUGCAUGACAGCAGCUAUUACUGAUUGCGUGACUGCAACAGAAAUUGGCAACGAGUUUCAGGCGAAGUUGCUCAAUCAGAUCAACAAUAAAUUUCAACAUCUGGAAUUGACUCGAAUUCUCGCAAUCUCAACAAUUUUAGAUCCUCGCUUCAAACGACUGCACUUCAAAACUGCUUUAGCAGCUUCCAAUGCAAUCCAAGAUAUUGACAAUCAGAUGAGAAAGAUCUCUAGUUAUAAAACAAAAAAGGCAAUAGAAAACGAUCAAGAUGUUAAUAAUGUGAAGAGUUCAACUCCAAAUCUGUGGCAUUUUUACGAUAAUCUUGUGAUGAAAAAUAGAGAGGUAACUGAUACAGAUUCUAAAAGUUUGAAUCUGGAAUUGAAACAAUAUUUGCAUCAGCCGGUGAUUAAGCGUUCAGAGAAUGCUUUCAACCAUUGGGAAUUACUGAAGCCUGCAUUUCCACUAUUGUCCAAAUUGGCAUUGCAGUAUCUGAGCAUUAUUUCAACCUCAGUGCCAUGCGAACGUUUAUUUUCACAUGCUGGGAAUGUAAAAACUGAUAAUCGCAGUCGUCUUACUGUGACAGCUGACAGCAACAUUUGGAAAGUGCACCGCAGCAUUUCGGAAACCUGUUUCUGAUGGGAAAUUUUAUUAACAAAAGAAUAAAUAAAAUAAAUUAUAUUCAUUAAUUCGCGUUAUUCCUCUAUAAAGCCAUUGACUUUUCAACUAUUCUUAUAAUUAAAAAAUGUUCCUUUAUUUUGGAAAAUAAUCGAUGUAUCGAUACUUUUUGUAAAUGAUUGAUUAAUCAACAUCGAUGUAUUCAAACGUCGAUUAAUUUAAUAUCGAUUUUUUUCACACAUCGCCCAUCCCUAAUAGAAAUCUUAUUAUUUACACUGGUUCCGUAGUGAGAACCAGAUCGGGCAAAUUAUAUAUCUUACGACCCGCUGCACGAAUCAGAUCCAUCGGAAGGUGUUGACCCGAGCUUCUACAAAUUCGAACCUUACCAAUCUAGCGAUUACUAGGAGUAGGUUUAGCUCAUCACACGCGCACACAGACACACAAACAAUCACACGAUCCACCGAACCUACAACCCUUCCUCUUUCCCCCUACCAUUUUUCGCCUAGCUACUCUCCCGUGUAUUCUCCCGAACGCCUGAACUCUCCUUCCCCUGAACCACUACUCUCCCCGCAAUCAUUUUCCUCCCUAUCAACAGUCGUUCUCAAUAAUUCGCAUCCUCCUUCUUCUUAAUCUUCCGAAUCGGAUGAUUUCGAGAAGGCAAUCCAGGAAUUUAUCAAUGAACUUCCUGAUUUAGAAGCAGAGUCAUCCUAUCAAAACUAAGCACGAUUUAAAAAUUUCCUUAUGUAUUUCCUCAUUCAAUGAUCCAUUUUCCACACUGACGUAUUUUUACACUUUAUUUUUUGAUAUUUUCUGAAAGAUAAUCACAUAUUGUAUUUACCAGUCAGAGAUUUAAUCUUAACGAUAGAAUCUUUCUCUAAUUAGUCUGGCUGAUAUCUCCCGAACUUGUGUAACACCCGCGAAGAGAUAAGCUCAACCAUACACAAACACAUUUACACUCACACGAUUAAUAUUAUCAUCUUUUAUAUAUACAGAGUGU